CAAACUGUGAAUUUAUAUUAUCAUCAUCAUCAUCAUCAUCAUCGUAUGUUGAAAUAUUAUUAUUAUCUGAAUGAAAUUGUCACACCGAAACGUUAUCAAAUGCGGUUACGUUUUGAUUUUGAUCAGAAAAAAUUAUUCGGUCAUUUAAACAUUCAGAUACGUAUCAAUAAUAAAACCAAUAUAAUCGAAAUGAAUAGUUUUGGUUUGAAAAUUUUAAAAGCUACAUUUAGUACCGGUUCAAUUCGAAUCGAUGCAAAUAGAAUUUAUUAUUGUCCAGCAAACGAAAUUGUUGUUCUACAUUUUCCUAAACAUCUUCAUCGUGGUAGUGCUAAUAUAACGAUAAAUUAUUUGGCCAAUAUAACCGAUUUAAUUCGUAAACAAAUUCUUCAUACAUCAUAUGCAGAAUAUCAACAGAUUUCAUGGAUCGAUUUUGGAACAAUUGAUGCACGUCAACUAUUUCCAUGUUGGGAUGAACCACAUUAUAAAGCACAAUAUGAUCUAUAUUUAAUAAUACCAAAAAAUCAGAUGGCCAUAUCGAAUAUGCAAAUUGAUCGUCGAAAAUCAUAUUCACAUUAUUUGGAUGAAAUUCAUUUCAAUCAAACACCGAUGAUAUCUACAUUUCAGAUGACUAUAAUGAUGGCAAAAAGAUUUGAAAUUAUUUCAAGUGAAAAAAAUCGUACUAAAGUACGUAUUCAAUUGAUUACAAUGAAUUCAAAUGAUUCGAAUCAAUGGCAAUUCGCUAUUGAAUCUACUGAAUAUAUUUUGGAAUAUUUUCAAUAUUAUUAUGGCCAUUUAUAUCCAUUAGAGAAAUUAGAUUUAGUUAUUUUAGAAUCAAAUUAUCGAUUAAAAACAUCGAUGGAAAAAUUGGGCUUAAUGUAUUUUACUCGUCAGGAUCUGUCAAUUUCUAAUGUGACCAUAGCCAGUGAGCGUGAUCUUCAAACAGUCGUAUCAUUGCUUGCUCAUUCACUAUCACAUCAAUGGUUGGGCAAUAUGGUUACGUUUGAUGAUUGGUCAGAAUUUUGGCUAUUUGAAAGUCUCAAUCAAUUUAUGGAAAAACAAGCAAUGGAUGAUGUGUUUCCACAUUGGCGUUCAUGGCAACAAUAUACAGCGGAUGAAAUGAGUUUAGCAUUACGUUUGGAUUCAUCGCGUAUUAAUAUAAAAUCAAUUAAGGAAAGUAUACGACAUCCAAUCAAUGUAUCGAUGAUGUAUCCACAAGAUGUAAAUAUUUAUCGUAAAUCAACAUUCCUAUUGCGAAUGUUGAAACAGAAUCUAGAUCGAGAUAUAUUUCGUUUGGCGUUACAAAAAUUUAUCAAUAAAUAUUGGACGAAAACCGGAAACUUGAAAAAUUUACAAGAAUGUUUUAUCACGGUUAUCGAUGAAAUCGAUGGGAAAGAUAAACAAAAAUAUCAUCGUUUUCGACAAUUUCAAAAACAAAUUGUUCAAAUAUUUUCCAAUUGGACUGAAAUGGCUGGUUUUCCUGUUUUGCAUGUUGACGAACAACAACAAGGUAACUCAAGGAUAUUACGUAUUCAUCAGGAACGUUUUUUUGAGCUACGAAAUUCAACAAUAAAUAUUUCGAAUAAAAAAUCCACAUUAUGGCCUAUACCGAUUAGUAUUGUUAAAUCAUUCAAUCCAUUUAUGCCAUCAAAUCAUGCUAUAAUCAAUGAUGAAAAAGUAGAAUUACGUAUACAGGCCAUUUGGCCUGGUGAAUGGAUUAAACUUAAUCCAUCAUUCAGUAAUUUUUAUCGUGUACAUUAUUCCGAUGAAAUGUUAAAUCGAUUUAUUGUUUCAAUUGAAGAAAAACUUCUUCCACCAUUAGAUCGUUUGAAUUUGGUUGAUGAUACUUUUGCUAUGAUACGUGCAGGUUAUACAUCAACCGUAACUGGAUUAAAACUAUUACAAUCAUUUGAAAAUGAAGAUAAUCCAAAUAUUUGGUCGAUUAUUAUAACAAUGUUGACAGAUUUACAUUUAAUCAUUUCGAAUAUCGAAUCCGAUCAUGAUAGACAAUCGAUACAAUCGAAUUUUGAACUUUAUGCACAACGAUUAUUGAAACGAAUGUAUCAACAAAUCAAUUGGUAUUCAUCAGCCAACUAUCGACCAAUAGGAUAUCGAAUGAAAAUUCAACAAUUUGCACAAAAUCAAUUACGUGCAAAGCUUUUAUGUGCAAUGGGACAAUUUCAUUAUGAAAAUUUUUUCCAUGAAGCCCACAAUCAAUUUCAAAAUUAUAUGAAUAAUAAUGAAUCCAAUUUACCAAUAGAAUUACUUGAAUGUGUAUUUCGUUCAUUCAAUUCAUUCAAUGACAAUAAUAUAACCAUAGCAAAAAAUUCAUUACAUUUUGAAGAAUUAUUCAAGCUGUACAAUGGAUAUGAUGAAUGGCCUGAAGCAAGACAUUUAUUAUCAAUUGCAUUAGGUUCGACCAAUCGAUUGGAACAAAUUAACCAAGUGAUUUCUUUUGCCUUCAAGUCGAAUGUGAAUGACAAUGAUUCACGAAUGAUGUUGAUUGAAUUGGCCAAACAAUCUCGUAUUGGUCGACAACAAGUAUUACGUGAAAUCAUAUCUCAACAGAAUUUUUUCAAUUUUAUUUCAAUGAAAUUUCAUACAUUGAGUCAACUUUAUGAAUUUUUUCAGGAAUUGAUCGAAACCUAUACGAUACGUACAGAAUUACAAUCAUUGGAACAACUAAUAAUAGCUAAUCAUACGAAAAUAUUUGAUCCGAUAAAACAAAUGUUAAAUUUUUCAUUGGAAAAAGUUCAGAUUAUGGAACAAUGGUAUCGAAAUGAUAUUGAUUCUAUUCAAAAAUUUCUUUUCCAUGAAAUGGUUUCUAUGAAAUCAAUGAAAAAUGAACAAAAUAAUAAUGAACAAAAUCAAACAAUAUUAAUGGAUGUUCAACCAUCAUAUUUGGAUUCAACAUUAUUAUUGGAUUCUGAUCAUGAUAUUGGUUUCGAAGAAAAGGACGAUGAUGAUGAUUUUUUCAAUAAUUUUGAUGAUGAAAAUCAACCAUCAUCAUCAUCAUUUUUAACAACAACAAACAAUUCAUCGAAUAGAAUUCAUAAAUUAUUUGAUGAUAAAUUUGAAGGUUUUGAUGAUUAAUGACUAUUAUUACUUAAAUAAAAUCG